AUAAAAAAACAAUUCCACUAGACCCUUCAGAUCUCUCUUCUUCAACCUUCACACGUACACUCAUUUACAAAAAUCAUACAUUUCCCAGUUGAUCGGUUUCUCUCUAAUCAAAUCCAUAACAGAGAGAGGGUUUCGAAGUGGAUUGAAUUGUGUUCUUAGGGUUUCGGAGAAAUGGAAUCAUCUCCUUCGUCGUCGUCGUCGCCGGAGUUCGAUUACUUGUUCAAGCUGUUGUUGAUAGGGGAUUCGGGCGUUGGGAAGAGCAGUUUGCUGCUCAGUUUCACUUCAGAUACCUUUGAGGACCUUUCUCCUACCAUUGGUGUAGAUUUUAAAGUGAAAUAUGUUAAUCUUGGAGGGAAAAGGCUAAAGCUCGCAAUUUGGGAUACAGCUGGGCAGGAAAGGUUUAGGACUCUUACGAGUUCAUAUUACCGAGGAGCUCAAGGAGUCAUCAUGGUUUAUGAUGUAACACGGCGGGAAACAUUUACAAAUCUCUCUGAUAUAUGGGCAAAAGAAAUUGACCUGUACUCCACAAACCAAGACUGCAUCAAGAUGCUCGUGGGAAACAAAGUAGAUAAGGAAAGUGAAAGAGUUGUCAGCAAAAAAGAAGGAAUUGAGUUUGCAAGGCAGUAUGGAUGCCUUUUCAUUGAAUGUAGUGCAAAGACUAGGACUAAUGUGGAGCAGUGCUUUGAGGAACUUGUUUUGAAGAUUUUGGAUACGCCUAGUCUCUUAUCUGAAGGAUCAGCGAGUGUGAAGAGGAGUAACAUCUUUAAACAGAAACCACCGGAGACUGAUGCAUCAGCUAGUGGCUGUUGCUAAGUUGAACAUCAUUCAUUCACUUUGCUGUGCAUUUUCAGGUCUUUCUUUCCUGUUCUUUACCAGGCUUUCUUUCUGAUUACUCUCGUCUUUUAUUAGUUUCUUUGAAUCAAGCAUUGCUAUCGAAGAAUAUGUUGCACCCUUUGUACAAAACCUCAUGCUGGAACUCGAAAUUGGUGUCUUUAUUUUAUCUCAUUUACCAAUACAAAAUGCAUUUUAGAACUUCCA